CCCUUGUUCUAUGCUAUUUUCUGGAGACAAAUGUAAAGCAGUAUAAUAUGGUUGACAAAAAUGUGAUUGAAAUUGGAGCUGGAACAGGGCUUAUUUCCAUUGUGGCAAGUUUACUAGGUGCACAUGUGACUGCCACAGAUUUACCUGAAUUACUUGGAAAUCUGCAGUAUAAUAUAUCCCGAAACACCAAAAUGAAAUGUAAGCAUUUGCCUCAGGUUAAAGAACUCUCCUGGGGCAUAGCUUUAGACAAGAACUUCCCCAGGUCUUCCAACAAUUUUGAUUAUAUCCUGGCGGCUGAUGUUGUCUAUGCUCAUCCUUUCCUGGAAGAACUCCUCAUUACCUUUGACCAUCUGUGCAAAGAAGCUACCAUCAUCCUCUGGGUCAUGAAAUUUAGGUUAGAGAAAGAAAAUAAAUUUGUAGAUAGAUUUAAGGAGUUGUUUGACCUAGAGGAGAUUUCUAGUUUCCCUAGCUUGAAUAUUAAGCUGUAUAAAGCUAUGAAGAAAAAUCGAAGGAGUGCAUGAUAUCCUCAAAGGAGGACUUGGAAAGCAAAGGCAAUUUCUAGUAGAUGAUGACUUUAAAGAAGACCCGGAUAAGAUGAUGCAGCACUGACUUUCUCAAGGGGCAACACAUGUGCGCGUGCGUGCACACACAUGUGCACACACACACACACUUGCUAUAUCCAAGAUAGCAAUUUUCCAAUUUAUAGCAUGUGGGUUUGGAGGAUGGCAAAGCCAUACUAUGUGGUUAGGACAUUGGUUAGGACAGUGUCUGCUUUUUUUAAUUCCUACUUCCAUAGAACCCUUUAUUAUUAUGAUCAUUGUAAUAAAUAGUGCAGUUAUUGUUAUUUUUAAUGGAUAACUGUAGAAUGGUGGUUUUCAAUAAUGAUAUCUCAAAAAAACUUACAUUAUUCUCUCGUUAAAAGUAAAGAAAUAAACUAUAGUGGGAUAUGCAAAUAAAUCUGAAUGGUAAUAAAUAUACCAUUACCAUAAUAUAAUGGUAAA